AGGAAUAUGGCGGAUGAUAGUACAAACUGCUGCGACUUACAUCAUCGAAAGCAGUCUUUUUAGCAUUGUUCAAUUUAGUCAGUAACCUUUCCAAAAAAAAUAGCAAAAAUGCCUUGGGAUUCUGUUGAAGUGGGACUAGCAGGUGGUGAAGAAACAGUUAAUUUUGGACCAAGAAAUGAAACUGGCUCGUCGUUAUAUCAAGUUGAUACUUUGGCUAGCGUGUCAGCCAGAGGAGAGAUACAGAGUUGUCCUCACAUCUGUGGUGCUUCCUGUCCUGAGGGAUUUUGUUUCGUUGCUUCAUCUCAAGUGAUCAUGUUUGAUGCAAGUUGCAAUGAUAUUCUUGCAACAUUCAAUUUUGAAUGUGAGAUUGAUUGCAUAGCAUGGAGUGAAGAUUCCUUGUUUCUUGCCAUUGGUGAAAGGUCAGGGACUUUCCACUUUGUUCAUUCAGCAUCAAGGCAAGUACUGUUUUCUCAGGAGCUUGAAUCUGAUGGGAAUUUAAAAUGCAGUGAAGAGUGUACCUUUCUUUCUAUGUUGUUUACAACUCCUAAAUGUGAAGGAGGAUGUAAGCUUGUCAUUUUGUCUGCUUCUGGCAUGAUCACUCAGUUCUCUAACCUUUAUCUGCAGAAAUUGAAUGACGCUAUUAAUGGAGGGCAGUUUGAAGUUGUUACUGAACUGAGAGGAUUGCUACAAGUUGAAUCCGUUGAUGCUGGUGUUGUUCAUCAAGAGAAGAUUUCAGGCAUUACUGUUGGACAGCUCUGGGAUUCUCCUGUCUACAUUACUUAUGGUGAGGGUGAUGCAGCCAUUGCAGUCUGGGCCAGCUGCAGAGAGGAUGGAAUUUAUCUCAUGGAUUCAAUCAGCUCAUACAUUCUUGGGGGAUCUUGUGUUGUUAAAGCAAACAUGUCAAGUGAUGGUCACUUUCUUGUUGUUCUGGAUGACAAGAAUAUGCUGAGCUUGUGGAAUGUUUCAUCUUUGACAAUGAUUGCAUUCUGGCCUCAUCUAAGCAUAGAUGACUUUCUAUUAUUGAGUUCCAGUAAUAUUCAAACUCCUGGGAUGUCCAAAAGUGAUGAUGAAUACAAGCUUGUUGUGCUCACAACAGCAGAAAAUCAGAUGCGCUAUCUUCAAGUAUAUACUUUUCCUACCAUGAAGUCAGUGUAUUCUCUGCAAGUUUCUGCAUGCUCCCUAUUAGCACAGUGUCCAACCAAUCAGGAGUCAAUCUUUUUCAUUGAGGGUAUCUACCAAAACCCACAUGAAAGAACAAAUGAUGACAGACACAUUUCUAGCAUAAGAAUCAGAUCUCUUACGGAAGCUCUUCCUGAAAACAGAUUGUCCAGACUGCUUCACAAGCAAAAGUUUGAUGAAGCAUUGCGGUUUGCAAAACAGUUUAAUCUGGAUAUAGAGCUUGUGUACAAAGUUAAGGCUAACUGGCUUCUUGACAAAGUGUCACCAUGGAAUUAUGAAAAUGAUCAUGGGCAAGAAAGCAAUGCUUUGGAGGGAUUUUCUCUCACAAAACUUAAGGAUUGCCUCACUCAAAUAAAGGAUGAUGAAUAUGUCUGCAGGUGUUGUUUGCAAGCGUCACUUCCCACACUUGAUGAGACAUUUGAUCUGCUGAGCUAUGCUAGAAAACGGAUUUCCAGCAACAGUGGGGUGCAUAGCCAAAAAGAAGGUCCAUGUGGAAAACCAUCACGUCUCUUGACUGAGGUCCUUGAGGCAUUGGAUAGACUAGCAACUUUUGAGAUGGCAUUUGGAGUUGAAAAUUUUAGUGGCCCCCAGUGGCAGUACUUUGCCUCUGUUGACCUCCUCGUUGAGCUGACAAAAUGCCUGCUUUCUAGCAAGGUCACCAGUGCAGUUAUCAUUUGGAGAAGACAUCAGAGUCAUUUUGUCACUCAGUUUAGUAUGGAAAAAUUGGAGUCUUUAAUUGGUUCAAUUCCCGAAGACUUACACUCUUCCAUUGUUAUUCCGUGGCUACAAGAUGACCUUGUGCCUUUUAUCAGUAGGGCCUUUCCCUCGGGUCUGCGGAUGCUCGCGAGUUGGUUGGAGCAAAGAGCCAAAAAUAUGGAGCUUUCUGAGAAGGAGGGUUGGCCUCAAAAUGCUUUGCAACUUGCAAGUGUCCUGUUGUGUGCAUCAAAGUCCGUUUCAGGGAGUGCUUCAGGGAGAGGUCUUGCCACUCCCGCUCAGUUUUCAGACCAGGUUUGUGGUCUUCCUGCAACAGCAAGAGCACUAUUAAAGGAUAGCAAAAAUAACUUGGAUGUUGACGAUGAAUUAGCCAGCUUAAUGAAGUUGGUUCAGCAGUUGACUGAGCUUGUAGAUCUUCACACCAAGUAUUCUUGUAAAAUAACGCUGGCAGAAUUUUCUCAGGAAACCAUAGCAACAAUAGUGUUUCGCCUGCUGGACCGUGUAGUGGCCGCUGAACUCAUUCCGAGUGCAAUCGCCAAAUACAUAGCACCGUACAUGGUUCAUCACAGCCUUGAUAGGGACACUAUGCUUCUACGAUACAUAGAGGAUUUGUUCAACAGAAGUGAUGGAUCCUACUCGUCAUUGUCUAACUCACUGUGGGAGGCCAGAGUUAUUGCAAUCAUUUCUUGCAUCAAAGAAAAAGAGGUCCGUUGCAAAGCAACUCUCGAAGUCAUGCGACAUGCUAUGAUACCUUGGAGCGAAAGUGUCGAAAGGCUGGUCUCUGAAUUCAUGGCAGCCUAUCCAAAUGAUAUGAACCUCAAGGAGCAGUUUAGACUUGUUGAGCUUAAAAAGAUGCUUUCUCAAUAUCGAAUAAGAAGCUUUCAUGUAUCUUACGCUGCACGAGCGAAGGCAAUAACAAGAUAUAUUUUGACCCGAGAUCAACCAAAUGUAAUGGAAGACGCCUUGAAGGUGGUAACAUCAUAUAGUCAUGUUACAGAAGACGAAGCCUACGUCUUUCGACUUCAGAAAUUGUGUCGUGAGGACAAGAUUCCAGCCUGUUUGGAGUUGCUAGAGUCAGUUCCAUUACCGCAAGCAGAACAGUAUGCGCAUGAACUGGUGACUUGGCUCAGUGGAAUUCUUGAAAAUAACUUCAGUGAUACGAAGGAAUUCUCUUCAGAGAAGAUUGUGGCUGCUCAAGCAGGGGUUGCAAUCUUGAAGUUCAUGAAGAAGCAUAACCUUUCAUCGAUUGUCGACGUAGAUGAAUCUCUUUCUACACUGCAAAUGAUUUCUGCACUUCAGAGAGAAUUCUCUGUAUUCCUGUCUGUCGAGGAGUAUCAGGUUCCCGACGUUCGGCAUGGAUUAUUUGAACAAUAUCUUCAACUGUAUUUAGAUUCUCGUGAAAAGAAGGACAGUGAUGUUGAUGAAAAGCAUGAUUCGCAAAAGAUUAGCAGCGAGGUAUGCUCUGGUGUAGAACAAGUGACAUUGACUAAACUAUUCAGGUUAGGGGAAUUAGUGGGAAUGUUAAAGGAAGAAAUAAGACUGACGUUGAUGUCCAAAGCAAUCUCUGCAGGGAAUAUAUCGUAUGCUUUAGAUAUGUGCAGGGAGUUGAUUGAAAGAGCUCCAUGUGCAAGAACUGCCUUGUCCUUGUACAAAGUCGUUCUCAAUCUUUGUGAGACGCUUGCUGAAGGACACUCCAUAGUUACGGAUAAGAACGAGAACAUGUAUCACCUGACUCAUACGAUACAUCAGCUCUUGUGUCAAGCAUCGACUCACUGUUCAGCAGAUUUGCUAUGUGACUGCACUGAGCUGUGCAAGUAUUGCCGUCUGACAGACUCUGUGUACUCGCAGUGUGAGAGUGGUGAUUACGGAUUUUCCGUCCAAACAACUCCACAAAGCUCAAGUCAGGAUCCCUUUAUGGAAUGGACAUUUGGUAAAAGGUUCAGGGAAGACUGUUUAGUGCUGGAUUCUUUUGUUGCUCUACCCUUAGCUGCAAAGCUUAGCAUAGCUGCAGUUCCAGCCAAUUACAACUCAGCCGGACAAAGACCAUUUUAUCAAGCACGAGUAGCUGGUAGAAGACAAAAGUGUCAAGAAUCAAAGGCAACUGAAAGUGGUGAAGUGGAUAAACAGUCUUCGUAUUUGAUGCUGACUAGUAGUGCUGGACUUGACAUAAUCAGACACCUUCAGGAUAACAGUCUGUGCGAGUUGGCUUUACAGUAUUUACUUCAGACGCUUGGUGUCUGUCUGCAACAUUUUGCGGUAAACAGUAUGCUUAGUAACGACAAGGAGGAUCAAAAGAGCGGCGAAAUUGAGAAACAGAGGCUGGCGAAGAUUGCUACGAUGAGCAUUAAAAUGAUGCAAGAGCUUUCUGGAAACCUUUUGAGGAAGGUAUUCAAUUAUCGAUCAGUUGACCAUGACGUGGGUCUAGGUUACCUGUGUUCCAUACCAAAACAGACUGCCUUUCAGAUCUUGGUAUCUGGGACAAAUUUCCUUGGUCAGAGCUGUACUAAAAUUCUGGCUUUUUCAAAGGUUGGCAUGGACUAUGCUCAGCUGUGUAAUGAGCCUGCUGUUCUUCAAAAGUGUCAGGAAAUAUUUACCAAUGCCACAUGGGGAAUAAAACUUGGACGACUUAAGAUGUCGUUGAAGGACGUGUAUAAAACCGACCGGGAAGAGAAGUUAGCUAUUUUACCAGACCUGAUGCAAAAACAACAGAUUAGCCUUGAGAUGAUUUUGGAGUUUUGCAGGGCAUUUAAACUAGACGAGGAUAGCGCUUUGUUGACGUAUGUUAGACAGCAAUUGCUCCCACCCUCCCCUCGCUCGCCGCUGGUGGUUUCACAAGACGGUGUGGAAGAAAUGAAUUAUCAAAGGAAUGUGCGGAAAGUGGUCCAUAAAAUUUCCUGCUCAAGUUCCCUUCUUAAACUGAUGGUGGAAGUAGGGUCAAAGGUGGAUCCGUAUGAUUAUGAUACAAUUCUGUUCAUACUCAACCUGGUGAAGGAACUCUCUCAGGAAACUGCUUCAACUGUUGACAAGGGUAUUCAGUUAUUGGACUACCUGUAUCAGUACGAGCGCAAAGCAGUGCCAACCAGUUAUGAGAGAUCGUUUUAUUCUUCAUCACAGAAUACUGACAGUGAAAAGGCCACCUUGGACAACGAUAAACCGUUGUCCGUAAUGUCGAGAACGAGGCUCCCAUAUCAUUCUCUGCUUUACGGGAAUCCAUGGAAAAUUCUUGCUCCCGAGUUGUCAGAGGAAACAGUUCCAAAGCUUUUGGGUAUUGCUAACUUGCUCAAGCUUUCCAGUGAUGAGAUGUACCUUACAGCUAUACGUAACUUAGCGCGAUCUUCAGUCGGUCCAGCGGUUCCUUGUGAUCUUGAUAGUGAUCCCAACAUAAGUGGUCUGAAUGUAAAUGAAGGACCGAGCCAACUGGUGAAGAACUACAACAGCGAAAAGGCCAAGAGUAUGCUGUAUGCUGUUAACAACAAGGAGAUGGCCAUAGCCGCUGCCAAGUGGAUCGCUCAAAAUUUACCUCUCGGCGAGGAGAAAAUAGAUAUGCUGAAGACUUGUGUUGACCUUGCUAAGACUUGGAAAUCGGAAUGUUCUGAAAAGGAUGAAGAGAAGGCAAAACUCACCCAUAGCCGCUUGUUGGAGCUGUGUCGGGGCGUGGCCACUGAACAUGUACUCCACAAAUAUAACAUUGUAGACCCUUCCAUCGCUUCUUUAACAAGUAAACCGGCCAAACUGGUUUGUCAGCUGUAUGAGAAAUAUGGAGCUAGAGAACCAGGCACUGCUCACCUACCGCCAGACAUCCACAAAACUGCGGAGGAAGUCGCAAGUGUGAACAAUACCAAGAUAGAGAAGAUCAGGCUUUAUUUAAUUGAGAAAUGGCUACCUUCCUCAGCUGAAACAUCAGGUGACACGGAGUUGAUCACACCUGUUAGUGAGGAAAAUAAUGAAAAUGAGGAAGAUGAGCAGAACUUGAAAAGGGUCAUCUACAUCAUGGAAAGCAGCAGCGACCGACCAACUGCUGUUACAUUCCUUCUCAAUCUUGCAAACAAGACUGGGUCUUCGAGCACCUGUCGUCUACGUGCGCUUCGAACUCUUUUCGCCAUUGCUCCUGGAGAAUUCAUUGAAAAACUGUGCAAAACUUCAGUCAGCGUGAUCAGGCAACAGAUGCAGGCUCUAGUUUGUCUCGCUGAGCUCGAGGGAUUACACAUACAGCAGUCGGCAAGCGCGUUUGACAAAUGCAACAAGGAAGGACUGGUACGAGGACUGUGGAGAAACCAUAAGCACGAGAGGAAGGCUGUACGUCUUGUAGCGGACUUGUGUCUUGACAACAACAUAAACGAUCCUCAGCUGUGGAACAGUGUUCUUCAGCAGCUUCUGGCUUUUGGAAUGAUAAAAUACCUUCGUCGGGUUCUUGUUAACUUAGCUGGGAUUUCUGACCUGUGGCAGGUUCGCUGUUUGCCUCAAGUAUGGAGAAGUGUGCUAACAGCCCCCUUCAAAUCAGUUUCUACACCGUUAUCAGAGGAGGAGGUCGCUGCUUGUGAAGAAUCUGCAUCACUACUACAGAGAUGUCCUAUCCUCCUCGACCUUGAUGUGUACUCCAUCGCAGUGCAGUUCCACAAAGUUGGUCUCCAGGCCCACUCACUGGCCUGUCUCCUGCUAAUCCCGUCAAGUAGUGCGCGCGAAAAGCAUAUUCAGGCACUGCUGGAGACAAACUGUGUGAAUGUUAUUCUUGCUCAGUUGGACGAACAACGUCAAAGAGGAAGCACGUUAAUCCAACCUGAUGCUGUUGAACAGGAGGUGUUUAAAUAUGUCGAACAAAAACAAGAGUAUCAGAUACUCCUCGGUACAGCUUAUUUUGACAAAUUGCUUAAAUUCCUUAUCAUGGGCAAAAACAUUAACGGGAUUCUACUCAAGACAAUACAAGCUGGCAGGUUGGAAAAUGCAAUACAACUUGUCCAACUUUUUCACCAAGCGCACCUUGAUAUGCCGUCGGCACAGUAUAUAACAUCUCACCAGAUGAAAGGGUUUGACGAACUAUGGACGUUUCUGGAGAUGCACGGGAUGUUAGACGCCUGUCUACCAUUUCUUCCCAAGUUAGAUGCUGACCAAAAGGAUGAUGAGCCUGCAGGGCACCAGACCCAGUCCUUUUGGGUUCAAGAAGGGGAAGAAACAAUUGGACAAACAAUGGAACAAAGUGCUAUCGAUGAUCAGCGUGACCACUUUAUGUUAACGCUGACAGAUUGCAGCAUGGAGGUCCCGCUGUAACAAGGGAACCAAUAGUACCUGUUAGUCAUUUCUGCGUAAGCGUGGUUGAAAAUGGAUACUAAAACAAUGCAAUAGAAGUUAUGUAGAAAAUUGUGGAGUGCAAUAUAUUCUAAGAUAUCUUUAGACAGAUUAAAAAGGUACCUUUCGAACGUUGCAUCAUAAUUCAUUAUCCGAUUCCAGGAAACGAGCAAGGAACUUCAAGUAAAGCCUUGUCGUAUUUGCUUCCUUCAGGUUUUUUUUAAAUGAUGGGCACUGGUUGAAUUUAGGUAGAAUCAUUAUUGUUCGCCUCCCAAAACAACAUUUCUUAAUUUCGUUCAGGUGACCCGGUAGGAGUAGUGGCAUUGUUAUCCAUUUUUCGCGAGAUCUCGCCAUUCCUUUCGCCCAGUUAUAACCAAAAAACGACACACUUUCAAUUUACUGUAUUCUUCAAGCCUGUUUUUAUUUAUUGCAACAAAAUAUGAAAUACCCACAAAUGGGUUUUCCUCAAUAAAUAUCGAUGACGGUAUAUUUACAGCCACGAUUGGAAGUAUAAAAUAUACUUGUUUCAAAAAUAGUCGAUGGUCAACUUUUAAAUAUAUUAUUACCACGUUUUUCAUUUUAUCGUCGUGAGAAAGAUUUUGUUCCCCAGUAUCAAAUGGUACUAUUAAGUAUUACUUGUCCAGCAAAUAUGUACAAAACCUUAGCAAUAAAUACUCUGACGAUUUCUAAUUAAA